UGUGAGGAUGAGGACGGACGACGAAGGUGCGGAUUAACCGCUCUGCACAAUUCGCAGCGACACGCUUUAUUUGGUGACAUGAAGAAACAAUGAGAUGGCUUUCAAAAGCAAAGCGGUCGACUCGAAGACCGUAGUGUCCAACCUGCUGCUGUGUUUGCUCAUCUUCUACUCUCUCUUCUACAUGAUUGGAAGCGUUUGCUUUGGUGUCUUCAGGUUGGAUCACUUUGAUGGCUUGAUACCAUUUGACUUUAGAACCACACUUGAGGACUCCACAUCUAAAUAUUUGGUGAACCUCCUGUCUUUGGAGCUCACAUACUUCAGUAGUGGCCUUCUGUUUGCCGCUGUGGUCAAGAGGCGAGUGUGGGACUAUGCCGCCACAGUCACUAUCCUGCAUGUCUUCAUUACGAGCCUUGUAAUGCUGGAGUUUCCACUGGCAUGGCAGUGGUGGUUGGCCUUAGGUAGCGGCUUGUUUCUGAUGAUCUGCAAUGGCCAGCUGAUCGCUUACUUCACCUGCCCAGAUGACCAAAGCUACGUUGCUUUUACCGUCUAUUAAGUGGCGGGGCUCUCCCUUAGAGAUAGGGUGAGAAGCUCCGUCAUCCGGGAGGAGCUCAAAGUAAAGCCGCUGUUCCUCUACAUUGAGAGGAGCCAGAUGAGGUGGUUCGGUCAUCUGGUCAGGAUGCCACUCGAACGCCUCCCUAGGGAGGUUUAGGGCAGGUCUGACCGGUAGGAGGCCACGGGGAAGACCCAGGACACAUUGGGAAGACUAUGUCUCCCGGCUGGCCUUGGAACGCCUCGGGGUCCCCCGGGAGGAGCUGGAUGAAGUGACUGGGAAGAGGGAAGUCUGGGCUUCUCUGCUUAGGCUGCUGCCCCCGCGACCGACCUCGGAUAAGCGGAAGAAAAUGGAUGGAUGGAUGGAAUAAGUGGCUUCAUUGGUUAUGGGACUUUUUUUUUUUGCACCGCUGUGUAUGUCAACACCACAGGGACAUGAUCUUAUAGUAUCUGUUAAUGUACCCUUAAAAGCUGUGAAUGUUGGGAAUGUUGCAAUAUUUGUAUAUUUUCAAUAAAACAUACACAUUUCA